AGCACGACCUUAAAAUCAGCCACAACCAAGAAAAAAUUAGCUACUGUUCAACAAAAACAAAGUUAGAAAACUAGAAAGGCUUCCAUGUUUACACGAAAACACCUCGAAAGAAGCAUUUUAGCUUAUAAAAGGUAAGAGGUCAAGGUCUCUUGAAUCCUGAUGCUUACCGUUUGCACAUGUUGAAUUUAACAAAUGCAAGUGGGUUUGCUUGCGUGACAAAAACAAAGGUCCCCACUUGCUGAGCCUUCUCCUUCCCUGAUCUUGGUUUCUUUCAGAUCUAAAACCCAAUCCCAUGCUCUUUAGUCUCCAGAUGGUUUGGUAGUCAAAACCCCCCACAAAACAGCUUCUAGGCUGUCUUGGUUUUUUGUUUUCUGGUAGAAAAACAGGCAAAGAAUCAAAGGGAAGUGAGAUGGGUUUGGUGGGUGUCCAAGAAAACGGGAAUGGGGAAAUGGGAUUGUCUGUUGUUCCAUUGGGGACUAAGAAUAAGUACAGGAGGAUGGACUCUGAGCUCACCGAGGAUGUUGAUGAUGCUUCACACCACCAUCAUCAGGAGAACAGGAGUAAGAGUACCAGGAGAUUUGUUUUUGCCUCCGCUGUCUUUGCUUCUCUCAACUCUGUUCUUCUUGGCUAUGCUUUAUUGACAUGGAUGAGCAUAGCUCGUGAAGUUGUGAGACACAUCAGGAGCAGAACAUAUUGA